UGCUUUGCUAGCUAAAUUCUAAUUCCAAGCUUCCUACUAGGCAGGCAGAUAGGUAAUUAAAAAGAGGGAAGAAGAAACAUAAUGGUUGGCCAGUUGCUGUUCCAUAUCACUCUGUUCUUGUGGUCUAUGAGUAAUGCACUACUAGCAGUAGCAUCACAAGUGUCAUGUCGUGAUUUGUUGAGUUAGUUAGAUUGCUUAGUCGAGAAAAUUACAAUGUAACAAUACAUAAGAAUCGUGUAGGCUGGUAAUUGAUUGCUUUAGCAAGAAACAGAAAUAGAAAACAAAAUCUUUUUCUUCAAUUCUCUCAGAUUCUUCUCAUUCUCUUUAAUGUUUUCACAUGGAUCGCACCACUUGGACUGAUCAGACUCCGUCAGCAUCGGUCCAAGUAGUUGAGCAGGAAGCUGCUGCAACAGACGUCCCAAUUUUAAUGGGCAUGGAUCUAGAUGUUUUCAACGCUGCAAAAGAAGGCAAAAUUGAUGUCCUCAGGGGACACGAUCCGCAGCAUCUUAACCAAAUAUUGACUCCAACCCGUAACACAGUCCUCCAUGUUUAUAUUGCUUAUGCAAGCACCCCAAAGCUCGUCAAACCUAAAGAAGAAGCGCCGAUCAAGCCAACCAGCGUUGUGGUCGUGGAGGAUAUCCUUCAGAUCUGUCCGACACUGCUAUGGCAGCAGAACGAGAGCGGGGAGACUGCCUUGGACAUGGCGGCCAAACAUGGGCUUGCUGAAAUAGUUGAACUUCUCAUCCAAACUGCAAAAGCCCGUCGUUGUGAAGACCUCGAGCAUGGGGCUGCCGCCUUCUCCUUAUCAUCAUCAUCAGAAGAAGAAGCAGCCUACUGGAAUAUUUACAUAAGGACACUUAGUAAGGAGAAGGACACAGCCUUGCACGAGGCAGUGCGGUUUAAGCACCUUGAUGUGGUGGAGAUAUUGAUCAGAGAAGACCCUGACUUUUCCUACCCUCCUAAUGUUGCCGGGGAGACUCCACUUUAUUUGGCUGCCGAGAGGAGAUACAAAGCUUUGUUCUCCGAAAUACUUCGCACUUGCAAGCAUCCAACUUACCAAGGCCCCAUUGGUAGAACCGCUUUGCAUGCUGCAGUGAUUUACGGUGAUGAAGAAAUGACCAAAGAAAUACUAAACAAGAAAAAAGAUUUGGCGAUAGUGACAGACGAAAAAGGAUGGAGCCCACUUCACUACGCUGCAUUCCAUAGUCGUGCUUCAAUUGUUAGACAACUACUAGAAGCUGAUAAAUGCAGUGCCUACAUGGGUGACGAAGCUGAUAAGAAGACCGCUCUUCACAUUGCAGCCUCCAAAGGCCAUGUUAAUGUAAUGAAACAACUUAUUUCCUAUUGUCCUGAUUGUUGCGAAGUGGUCGACCAAAGACGUCGAAAUGCUCUUCAUUAUGCCUUGGAGAAGAGUCAACCUCGAAUUAUUGAUUUUGUUCUGAUGGAUACAUGGCUUAGCAACGUCCUCUUAAAUGCCAAGGAUGUUGACGGCAACACACCCCUCCAUCUACUUAAUGCUCUUCUCUACACCGAGAGGCCUUUCAUUGGUGAUGAUAGGGUUGAUAAGAUGGCAUUCAAUAAGGAAAACAUGAACGUUCUCGACGUCAUUGAAGCUAAUGAUUAUUUGAUAUCUCUCAAGCAUGCUUUGAAAAGGAAUGGUGCAGUAUCAGGCCAUCGAAUUCUAAGAGAAAAUGAUCAUGAUGGCCAGAAAUUAAUAAAGGAAAACAAAGGUGGUGAAGACACUGAAUUGGAUAAAAAUAUAAGAGAAUCCCAUCUGAUAGUGGCUACACUCGUAGCAACUGUUACAUUCACAGCAGGUGUCACCAUGCCUGGUGGUUAUUACCAAAGUGAUGCAUCAGGGGAAAUGCCAUGAGUAAAGUAUCAAAGCAAAAUGUUAUGGUCCCGGCCCCGGCACCGAUUAAAGGACCAAGUCCGGGUUAUGCAGUUCUAACAAAAAAUCCAGCUUUCCAAAUUUUUUAUCUGGUCAAUAUGCUAGCCUUGUGUUUGUCCACUUAUUCUGUCCUUGUGCGCCUUGUCUUAUUGACACUCCCAGAGGGAAAAGAGAGGUACAAAACAUUUUGGCAUUCUACUAUAUACACCACUAUUACGUCUGUACUUGCAAUGAUGGGUGCAUUCAUUUCAUGCACAUAUGGAGUCUUAGGUGAUUCUCCAGCACUUGCUCACUCGGGUUUAGUUAUU